AUGGUUUUGCGCAUUGUUCCAUAUAUUGUCACAGGCAAGGUGGAUAUUUCAAAGCUUCUGGGAUCUCCAGAGGAUGAGGAGAAGAGUACAAUAAGGCUCCAGGAUUCAAGAACAUCAGCAAACAUCCACACAUCAAUCGGAAAAGCCCACAGCGAAGGAUUCCAGUCACCAGUAAUCGAAAUGGGCAUCCCAAACUCGUCAGUCGAGGAGUGGUCGUACCAGCCAGCUCCACAGGACCAGAUUUCCAUGCAGCAGCAGCAACAACAAUCGAUAGUGCCAUCGAAGCGUGGCAAGAGUUCUCCCACGGGAAAGGACCGCAUCAAGAAGCAGUCGAAGUGGUCGGCCGAUGAAGAUGCUUUAAUUACCAUACUCCGAGGUAAAGGCAUGAAGUGGGAGGACAUCAGCAAGAGACUUCCAAACAGGAGCCCAAUCAGUUGCCGCCUCCAUUAUCAGAACUACCUCGAGAGGAGGAGUGAAUGGGACGAGGAUAAAAAGAACAAAUUGGCCCGCUUGUAUGAACGAUUCAAAGCAGAUAUGUGGGCCAAAAUCGCCGAGGAGAUGGCUAUCCCAUGGCGAGCAGCCGAAGCCAUGCACUGGCAGAUCGGUGAGCGCGGUAUGGCUCAACGAGCAGGAGUCACUCCGUUCACAUUCUCCAACGUCGCCUCAUCACCACCCCAGAGAGCCCGAAGGGCCAGCCAGCCAACUAUCGGCUCAGGCCGUCCAAACUACCCCCCGCAAGUCACCCAGCUUCCCUCCGUUGCCGAACUCACAGCAGGCAUUCCGGCAUAUGCAACAACACACCCAUCUGGUGUAAUGCACCACACGACAUCACCUCCUCGAUCUCCGCCGAGCCCUACCACACUGGAGGCAUAUCGAACAAACCCCAGACCGCAUGAGAGGAGAAUAUAA